UCUCUCUCUCUCUCUCAUCCGCCAACUUUAAAAGCAAGAGGGGUUGCCCUCACCUAGAAGCUUUCUCUCUUCCAAGUCGUCCUCAUUUCACAUGCUUAUCUGAAACCACAUUUCAUCAUCUUCUUCUCCACGAAAAACUCAUAAACACACACUCAAGAAAGUAAAAAAAUGAAGAAGAUGGAUCUGUUCUGUGCAUCGCCAGCGUCCACAGCGAUAUGCACGAGCUUGGACCAACGUUCCAUGGUCCGACACGGCACCACUAGGCCCAUCGACCGCCACCGCCGCCACCAUCACCAUCAGCAGCAGCAGCUUCGGGAUCGCCAGAAACACCACCUGAUCACCGGAUACAUGCCUUGUUCCUCCCACCAGCUGCCCUUCACUCCGAGGCCUUAUUCCGAAAGACCCAGGAGGAGCACUUGCUCGUCGUCCACGAAGCUGAUCACCAGCGGCGAUCACCACGAGUACACCCGCAGGAAAAGCUCAGCUGACGUUUACGACCUCGCGAGUGGCACGCCUCGUGGUUCGUCGGCCCGGUAUUUGCUGAGCGACAAGCCCUUCGUCGACUGGGUUUCCGAGUCAGGUCGGGUCUCGUCCGCAUUGGUACCCAUUCCACCAGCCAAUAGCAAGACGAAGUGCGAGGUCGGGUCCAGUGAUUCUUCAUCUCUCAAAGCCUCUUAUUCUGCUCGAUCACGCGACCAGGUCGUGGUUUUGAGAGUGUCGCUUCACUGCAAGGGAUGCGAGAGCAAAGUGAGGAAACACUUGUCCAAAAUGGAAGGAGUGACGUCGUUCAGCAUCGAUAUGGAGACUAAGAAAGUAACGGUGAAGGGAGACGUGACGCCCUUUGGUGUUCUCGCCAGCGUCUCUCGGGUGAAGACCGCCCAGCUCUGGCCAUCUUCAACCACCUCUUCUUCUUCACCUUCCUGAUCUGCCUGACUUAAAUCUCUGAUGUUGUUUCCCUUUCUGUCUAAAUGAAUUCCCAGGUUAGGGUUGCAGUUGCAGGAGCCCCCCCUCCCGUGCGUUUUAUCUUCAUAAUCUGAAACAUGUA